AUGGCCAAGCCUUGUGCUGCAUUUCUUGUCUUCCUCUGCCUUUCCAUGCUCAUCCUGUCAAUCCCUGAUAUUAGUUGCCAGAUGAACGAUUGCGACUGCGACCACGACCACAGAUGCGGUGAGUGGGAAGAUGAGAGCCAUGGGAAUUGCAAACAACACCAUCUCCGAGUCGUUUGCACAUGUACCUUGGACUGUCUUGAUAUUUCAUCUACGUCGAACGCAUAA